GAUAAGUUUAUCAAGAACUUGUGGCAACUUUGCUUGUGACUGCUGUGGUUGUAACUUGUUGUUCCACUGCAGACAGGGGUGAAUUUCACAUGGGAAGCAAGUUUCUGAGGCCUCUCUGUUUGUUCCUUAGUCACAGUUCUAUCCAGGUUUGAUGUCCAGUCAGUAUACCAUAUGUGAAUAUGUAUAUGGCCAGCAUUUGUCCUGACUGGUUGGUGCCCACAUUGUAUUGAUUGUUAACUAUUUUGAGAAUCAUGUCUAACUCUCACCAUCCAUCUUUCCUCAUUUUAUGCCAGAUCAGAAGUUUCUCUAAUUUGUUUGUGGUUUAUUCAUACAGAGAAAUUCCUACCUUUUCUUCUCAGGCUCUUAAAUAAUUUUAUUAAAAAAAAUUCCUGGAAAGACUUACCUGACAGUCCAUUGGUUAAGAAUCUGCCUUCUUAACCACUUAACCAGUCUUCAAGGGGACACAGGUUCAAUCCCUGAUCUAGGAGCUAAAAGUCCCACAUGGGCGCCCCGAGCCGACAUUGAUAGGUCUUCGCGAUUCGGCCCGACACGCCCCCUCUCGCGACAUCAUGGUGGCGUACUGGCGACAGGCUGGACUCAGCUAUAUCCGAUACUCCCAGAUCUGUGCAAAAGCAGUCAGAGAUGCACUGAAGAUUGAAUUCAAAGCAAACGCCAUGAAGACUUCUGGCAUAAAAAUUGUGAAAGUGAAAAAGGAAUAAUCUACCCUGAGUACAGCCUGAAUGCUGCAUGUUCAAGGUGAAGCUGUGGGCACGUAUUAUAGCAGAUUGGAAACCAUCUCCCUUCAUGGAAAAAAAACAAAAUAAUACCUGUCUUGCUCAUAGAUUGACAAUGCCAGUAAAUUAAAGUACAGUUCACUCUAAAAAAAAAAA